AUGAGGAAGGGAGAACAAAGCUGCCAUUUGCUGAAAAUAGCAUGCUUGAUCACCACGCGUCGACUCAACAUAACUAAUACUCUUGAAAUGUUAGAAAAGAAGGAAAAUUUACUAAUGAAGAAGGCGAAUCUUGAAGUUGAGAAGGCAAAGGCGUUCACCAAAGCCAAGAACAAAAAAGCUGCAAUACAAUGUCUGAAGAGGAAGAGAUUAUAUGAGCAACAGGUGGAGCAGCUUGGGAAUUUCCAAUUGAGGAUUCAUGAUCAGAUGAUAAUGCUGGAAGGUGCAAAAGCUACAACAGAGACUGUGGAUGCAUUGAGAACCGGAGCAUCAGCAAUGAAAGCUAUGCACAAAUCAACAAAUAUUGAUGAUGUUGACAAAACCAUGGACGAAAUUAAUGACAACAUGGAGAACAUGCGGCAGAUCCAGGAUCUACUAUCUGCGCCUAUGGGAGCAGCAAGUGAUUUCGAUGAAGAUGAGCUGGAAGCUGAACUUGCGGAUUUGGAGGGUGAGGAGUUGGAGGCACAGCUACUAGCACCUACCACAAGUGCUCCUAUGACUGCUCCAGCGCGUGUACCUCAGCAGUCGAGUCGGCCCACUGCGCAGAGCAGUAAAACUGAAGACGAUGAGCUGGCAGCUUUACAAGCUGAGAUGGCUAUGUAA